UUGGUUAGCGCUGGGGAACACGGGAAAGGGGGCAUUCUGGGAAUUAUAGUCAAGCCUAGGAAAGUAGCUGCUUAAUCAGUGUGGCGUGGGUCUCUGUAGCUUAAGAGAAGAUGAAUGGGAAACGGCCCGCUGAGCCAGUUUCUGGCCGGACGGGGAAAAAGGGAAAGAAGGAGGUGAUAGCGGAGUUUUCGGACGCUGUCACCGAAGAAACCUUGAAAAAGCAGGUGUCUGAGGCCUGGAGCCGCAGGACGCCGUUCGGUCACGAGGCCAUUGCCAUGGACAUGGAUCCCUUUCUUCACUGCGUCAUCCCAAACUUCAUCCAAAGCCAAAACUUUUUGGAAGGGCUUCAGAAGGAACUUUUGAACUUGGACUUCCAUGAAAAGUAUAACGAUUUAUAUAAGUUCCAGCAGUCGGAUGAUUUGAAGAAGAGAAGAGAGCCUCACAUCUGUGCUUUAAGGAAAGUUCUGUUUGAAGAUUUCCGGACUUGGCUUGCUGACAUUUCCAAGAUUGACCUGGAAUCAACUAUUGACAUGUCCUGUGCUAAAUAUGAAUUCUCUGAUGCCCUCCUCUGCCAUGACGAUGAGCUGGAAGGGCGCCGGAUUGCCUUCAUUCUUUACCUGGUUCCUCCCUGGGACAGGAGCUUGGGGGGCACCCUGGACCUGUAUGAUGUUGAUGAACACUUUCAGCCGAAGCAGAUCGUCAAGUCUCUUAUCCCUUCAUGGAACACACUGGUUUUCUUUGAAGUGUCUCCAGUAUCCUUUCACCAGGUGUCCGAAGUCCUAUCUGAAGAAAAGUCGCGUUUGUCUAUAAGUGGCUGGUUCCAUGGUCCUUCACUGACCCGGCCUCCCAACUACUUUGAACCUCUCAUACCUCGGAGCCCUCACAUCCCACAAGAUCAUGAAAUUUUGUAUGAUUGGAUCAACCCUACUUAUCUGGACAUGGAUUACCAAGUUCAAAUUCAAGAAGAGUUUGAAGAAAGGUCUGAAAUUCUCCUAAAGGAGUUCCUUAAGCCUGAGAAAUUUGCAGAGGUCUGUGAGGCUUUGGAGAAAGGAGACGUGAAAUGGAGCAGCCGAGGUCCCCCUAACAAAAGGUUUUAUGAGAAAGCUGAGGAGAGCAAGCUUCCUGACAUUCUGAAGGACUGCAUGGAAUUGUUCCGCUCCGAGCCUCUGUUCUUGCUGCUCUCCAACUUCACAGGCCUGAAACUCCACUUCUUGGCCCCUUCAGAAGAAGAUGAGGUGGCGAACCAAAAAGAGGGAGAAGGAGCCUCUGCGGCCGAUAACCAUGAAGAAGGGACGAGCCAUAGGUCCCCUGGGCCAGAGAACCAUCAGACGGCCUUCUGCAAUAACAGCCAGCAGAGCCAGAGACAGACAGACCCAGAGUCAGAGGAAAAUGAAGCAGAGGAAGACUCAAGUGUUCCCACAUGCCAGGGAGAACUGAGGCGUUGGAAGACCGGUCACUACACUUUGAUCCAUGACAACAGCAAGACUGAAUUUGCCCUAGACUUACUUCUCUACUGUGGUUGUGAAGGCUGGGAGCCAGAAUAUGGUGGCUUUACUUCCUACAUUGCCAAAGGUGAAGAUGAAGAGCUGCUAACAGUGAAUCCAGAAAACAACUCUUUGGCACUGGUCUACAGAGACAGAGAGACUCUGAAAUUUGUCAAGCAUAUUAACCACCGAAGCCUCGAACAAAAGAAAGCCUUCCCAAAUAGAACUGGUUUCUGGGACUUCUCAUUUGUCUAUUAUGAAUGACAGGGCUGGGCAAAGCUGAAGGAAAGAGACCCUCGGGACUGGGAAGCAUGCAGGAGCCACAAGGUGACCUGUGUGACGGUGUCCUUAAAAUCUGUGUGUGGUAGGACUCAUCAUCACUGUCCUCAAUCUAGACCUUGAGCUUGGAGCGAGGUACUUCUCUCUUGAUUAAAAAAAAAAAAAGGCUUUUUUGUCUUUUUUUUUUUU